AUGCCUUUGACACUUCACCACAUGGGCCUGUCCCAAUCCGAGCGCAUCAUCUGGCUCGCCGAAGAGCUUGGCCUCGACUACCAAUAUGUCCAUCACAAGCGUGAUCCUAUAUUCGCCCCGAAAUCUCUCAAAGACCUCCAUCCUGCUGGAACUGCCCCGGUAAUGGAAGAUGAUUCAUCUCCUGUUACUGGCUCAAAGGUUGUGCUCGGGGAAUCUGGCGCUAUCUGUGACUACCUCAUCGCUGUGCAUGGAAACGGCCGUUUAGCACCCACACCGAAAGAUGGAGCUACCUACACACAUUUCUUGGAAUGGUACCAUUUCGCCAAUGGUAGCUUUCAACCAACUUUCCUUCGAAUCAUGAUGACUCGAGGAGCGGAUCCGAGCUCUCCAGUUGUGGUGAGCACGAUGGCGAAAUUGGACCAGCAUCUUACCAUGAUUAAUGUUCGUCUUGCUGAGACAGGGGCAUAUCUUGCCGGCGAAGAUCUCACUGCUGCAGAUAUCAUGAUCCUUUUCAGUCUCACGACGAUGCGUGGUUUCAUUCCGGUGGAAUAUGAUACUGAGAAGCAUAAGCACCUUCUUGCAUACUUGAAGCGCGUUUCUGAGCGACCGGCAUACCAGAAGGCUAUGAAGAUUUGUGAGGGUGAAGAAUUCGAGCCUUUGAUUGGAGCAAAGGUUGAACUGUGUUCCAUCAUGAGGAAACCGACGCUAUAG